AUGUUCACGCAAAUCAACUGGCAGAAGAAAGCAGAAGCAAGAAAUUUGAUAAGCUAUAAACAUUCAAACAACCCUUCAUCAAGUGGGAGUUCAUCAAGUGGAUUUUCGUUUGCUGGCAAAUCAAUUAAUAUGAAAGCUGUUUGUCCAUCAAAACUGAAAUUUAAAUUGAAGAUACAAGAUUUAACCGCCAAACUUAGGUCGAAUAAUAUCUUGUUUGCAAAGAGGGUUAAAGAAUUUCAAUUUCAAACCUAUGGGUAUUUCUAUAAACAGAAGGAGGGUGUAGUCAUUGAACCACAUUAUAAUUCGUGGGAUAAUAUCUCCUCAUCCACAUUUUCUUCCAAGGAUAGCUCCAAUUCCACACCUGCUUGGGUAGAACCCAUAAUUGAAUUUCCUAAAGAAGUAUUUGGUGAUUCAGCUAAAGAAGGUCCUUCAUGCAAUGCAUUCAAUUCACCCAAAGAAGAAAUUCAUCAGAAUUCCCCCAGACCCAUAAUCUCUUCGCCUAGAGAAGAAUCUUCUUAUCAUUCAGCUAAAGAGAAUCAUUCUGAGGAUUCGGCUAUAGAGAACCCCUCCUAUAACACACCCAGGGAAGUGCUUCGAGUAUUUUCUCCUGAUCAUGGUUUAAAUUGGAAUCCAAACACUGACGAAACUGAAAAUGUUUCAAAUAAUAUGGUUUCUUUUAGCUUGAAAGAAUUGUGGCAAUGCUUUUGUCUUCAUUAUAAUACAACUAGUCUUACCAUUGAAGAUGUCAAAAUUUGCGUUGAUCGUUUGUUUCCUGACAAGUAUUCUGAACAAGUCGACAAAUUAUAUUUACAUGACGAAGAUUUCAACCAUCUUUUAGAAUAUAUUGGAGUCAUUGUUCAAAGAAAUGAUUUUUGCUUCUCCUAUAACCCUAAAGGAAAACAGUUAUGA